AUGUUUGAUCUAACCUUCUUAGGGGCGUCUGGGGGCCCAGUAGAGGGCACUACUUGCUCUCUCUUGAUAAAGCCGUCCCAUAUCGACUACAAUGCCAUACUAUCGCAAGACUUAAAGGAUCAAUUGCUUUGUGUAGACGCUGGCUCGGGACUACAUCAAUUGAGUGAGGCCAUAUAUCAGGAAAAGGCUCUAGAAACUGCAAAAUCACUGCUCCUAUCUCUCUAUGAUGAUACAUUGCCCUUGCAAGAUUACGUAAAGCUGGAGGUAGUGGUACCAUUUGCGGGCUUAUAUCAUCCCAAGUGCCCGACCCCGUUCUCACUAGCAUGGAAGGUUCUAUCUAUGAUCAAUAACUAUCUUAUCACACAUCCACAUCUUGAUCAUGUGGCAGCUCUAGCCCUCAACUCUGCGGGGUUUGACCCAACAGAACCCACAAAGACAGUGAUUGGUUCGGAUUAUACCUUGGGAGCGCUUCAAAAAUAUAUAUUCAAUGGGAUUAUUUGGCCCAAUAUGCCUCUGUUUGACGUGUUGAGCCUUUCUCCGAGAGAAUUUUGGCUUCCCUUCAAUGUUGGAGACCAUUAUAAAGUCACCAUGUUAGACUUGCUGCAUGGCAAAAUCAACUUUGGUCAUCAAGCUGAACAACAAUUAACCACUAAACUCACUUCUGGCCACGACAACCCUUCUUCACCGUACACCUCCGAUGAUACAUAUAUAUCGUCCGCCUUUCUUAUAGAAUAUUUACCUGGAAAUGGUAGUGUACUUGUGUUUGGAGACUUUGAAUCCGAUUCAGUUUCCAAACAACUGAGAAACUUACGCAUAUGGUCUCUGAUUUCCCCCUUGAUAAUCAACCAUACCCUUAGAGCCUUGGUUCUUGAAUGUUCCAUGUGUACCUCACUGUCGAACAGUGAAAAAUUAUACGGGCAUUUGAUGCCAUUACAUCUCAUCAAAGAGCUUCAAACAUUAGAGUCGCAAUGCAAGCACUUGGACCCAACCAUAUCACAACCAUUGAAUGGUCUUCAAAUCAUCGUCAAUCACGUCAAGGAAAGCCCACAUGGUAUCCAUGAUCCUCGUAGAAGGGUUCUUCAAAGUCUUGAUACCAUGAACGAAGAACAUGGCUUGGGUGUCAAGUUUUCCAUUGCUCUAGGUGGAGUGACCAUUAGAGUUUAA